UCUUAUUCUACACCCCCCUAUCUCUUUGCAUGAAUUAACAUGAAUAUCUCUGAUUGGUUUGUUGAUCAAUCAAUGUGCCAGAUUGGUUGUAUCAUGUGAAUCGAGAAACCGAGAAUUUUUUUUAGUUAGACUACAUUUUCACUCGUUGUCAACGUCUAUUCUUCGUGGAGUGUGUACGGUGCUAUUGUUGUCGAAGUUUUACUUGAAAUUUGAUUAAAUAAAUUAAAAAUAUGCUUGAAUUACGUCGUUUAUCUACUAUACUUCUUGGACUUGCUAUAACUCUCAUUGUUAUUGGUUUGGCUACAUCACAAUGGCGAUGUGGAGGAUUGUUUGAUACAUGUCAAAGAGAUUAUAAAAAAGAUGUCAUUAUAGCUAUUAUAGCUUUAUUACUUAUUGGAGUUGUUUGUUUAGCUGUGGUCUUUAUCCUGGAUUUAAUUGGAUUGUGUUCCGAUGUAAUUGUUACUAGUGCAGGUUAUGUGACUGCACGUUUUAUUUUAUUAUAUUUGGGUACAGCAUGUUUGAUUACUGGUAUUUUAGUCUACACUGGGAAAUUCGAUCAUAUAUGGUCAUAUUUUUUGGCGACUGUUGGUGGAGUAUUUGCAAUGCAAGUAGCUAUUUUAGCCAUUAUGAGUUCACGUUGUGUAUCUGUGCGUACAGAAAGAGUUGUUGUUCGAUCAACACGUUGAAAAAGGAGGAAAAAGAAAAAGGAUUUUGCUAUCUUGGUGGAGCCAACCAAUUCAUCAAUUGAUCUUCGUCUUUUUUUUCUCAAUGUUUGUUUUCUCCGCCCGCCUACAUCUGAUACAUAUUGCAUGCUGUUGGAUUGUAAGUCGGUUUAUUCUCUUUUUUUUUGUUUGCGGGGCGAGGGGGGCUUUAUUUGCCCGGCUUCUAAUUCACCUACAUUUAUAAAACAUACAUUUGUUUAUAUAAAUAUUUGUAAGCUUAUAUACAAUAUCAAUGAGUUUGUUAUUUUUGCUUAUUAGCUUUUCCCCACAAUGUUUUAUCUCUACAAAAACACCUAUGCCACUGAAAAACACCACACACAGAGAGAGAGAGAGAGCGAAGUAACAAUCCAGUAUUAUUGUUUUUGAUUUUGCCGCCAAAUCUAUCUAUUCAUUAUUCAAUUUUGUUUUGCUUAUCAACAACAUUGCACAUUGUAUAUCCAUUUCGAAUAUAUUCAUGUAUUAUUUUAAUUGCUGCU